GUGGCUCUGUUUCUGCUUCAGGCCCCUCUUCUAUCCCCACCUUACCGCCAUGGGCCCCUCGGUACACCCGAACGGAUGGGACGUUCGUGAAACCGAACGAGACCAUGCUGAAGGAUGGCCAGACCGCUAUGGCCUACUACAGGAGCAUGUGGACUCCGAAGGACCUUGAGGCGGCAAAGGGCCUUUCCCAGAAGGAUGUGUUCAGCCGCUUUCCCCAAUCUGCUAUGGAGACAUUGUUCGGAAUGAUGGCCAUGCAGAAGCAGGUGGAGAUGGGGAACGCCAGGGCCCGUAAGUUUUCUGACAGCCUGGAGGUGGCUAAUAAAGAAAACGACCUCCUCGCCAUGAAGAAUACCGAGGUACUGGCUCGGCUUGACAAAACCGAGCAAGAGAGAAAUGUGACUAAUUUGAAAGACUGUAUGAUAGGUUUGGCACUCUCACUUGUCCCUGGAACUGAAGAAGGAGUAUCAGAGCGAUGGAGGCAUAAUGAAUGGGUUGUGAAAAACAUCAAUAAUCAGAAACUGAAGUACGCUGCUUCUACCAAAAUUAAUGCUGGCAACGGCCCUUGCUCCAAGAAUGGUGAUUGUCCUACGUGUCCUAACCCUUGCAUCACCGUCUGCGGUGCUGAUCACAAAUGCCACUGUAAAAAUUGUAGCUGA